AAAAUUUUAAAAAUGACCGAAUCAUUACUUCUAUAUCGCGCCAUUUUGAAAUAUAGCUGACAGUUGAAUACUAUUUCCAUCGACAACAGAUGACGCCAGUGGUUUCAACAGAAAACUGGCCUUCAAGUUAUGUCCUAGAUUCUUUAAUUUCUCUCAGCCGUAUUUGAAAUUUGGAAUCCUUCAAGAAUUAAUAAAAUAGAUAUAUUGUUUGUAGGAUAAUUUUGUAAAUAUACAUACUGUAUAUAUGAUAUAUUUAUACCUAAGGUUAAUGUCAUUUAACGGUGAAUGCCCUUUUUGUAAUUAGAUCUAUUAUUUUAAUGCAUUGUUAAUAUGUAGUGUUAUAUCAAACAAGACUAAACUUUGAUAUAAAUUUCAACUCAGGCCAUGUCGAAAGCGAAACCUUUGGAUAAACAGAUCAAAUAGUCAAAGUUAUUCAAGUUUUCAACAUUAAUUUGACCAACUUUUACCAGAAAAGAAAAAGAAAUAGCUUAGAUAUCAAUUUUGCCGUUAUCAAAGUUUAGCAUCAAAAUAAAACAUUCAAUUGAGAUAUUCUUAAGCAUUGCUCUUAUUCGAGCUAUUCCGUAUCAACAGAGUAAAAUUAUUAUAAUAUAUGGUUCAUUAAAUAUUUAAUGAACUAUUAAGGCUGAGAAACUUUGUUUAUUAUCUCCAAUUAUCAGCAAAAUUAGAUUUGACAUAGCAGUAGAACUUUGUUAGGUUUAUUUGACAAAUACAGUUACAGUCAUUUCUCAUUUCCUCCAAUAGUUCAUUUAAAUUUUAAAUUUAUGAUGGAAUCUGACGACUUAGAGGUUACCGGCUUACCAAGGUUCCCAAUGAAGCUAUGGGAAGCUGUCAAUUCUGAGCACUCAGACUUGAUUCAGUGGGCUGAAGGAGGCAAAGCAGUUGCCAUAGAUUCUCGCAGAUUUACUGAACAAUCCAAUAAUUCAUUGAGGAACUCACGCAACAUCACGUGAUGUUUGUAAAACUCUACAACAUAGAGGAAUUUUUUUCGAAAAUAAAACUUUCUUAUAUAUACAAUGUUCCAUACGCUUUUUAGGUUAUGAAUGACUUCCCGAAGCUAGUACAGGUUGCUAGAUUUGAGAACAUUAGGCGUCAAAUGAGGGAGUAUGGAUUUAACUGGAGGGAAAAAGAUAGAGGAAUUUAUCUAUUUCAGCAUAGAAACUUUCAGAAAGAUGUUCCAGAGCAAUUACAUAAAGUGCAAACUAGACGAAAACGAGCCUAUAACAAUAAUCAAUUACGCAACUGUGAUGAAAAAGAAAUCGCAAAAAAACGAAAUAGUUCUUCUGUGACAUUGAAACAUGGUGAUAAAGAAACAACGGCAAAGGUAGUUGCGGCUGCUGCAGCAACCAUUACAGCCGCAGCUGUAGGUAUUCAAAUAAAUCCAGGAUUUCUUCAGCUCCUAUUAUAGUUUUGUUUUAGACAAAAGUUUACAUACAUACUCUGCUUAAUGCAUCUUGACUAAUAAAAAAUGCAACAGAAGGAUAAACUGAAGAAUAUAUAAAAGUGAAGAAAGUCUUUCUAUAUUUUAUUUUUAUAUCUUCUAAGUCUCUUUUUUGCUUAGAAUUUUCGACAAUAGAAUAAAAUUUCGAAAUAUAUUUC